UUCAAGCCAAACCGUGCUGGUAAUCAGACGUACUUCUACAACGAUGGCAGAAACCAACCGCGAUCAAAUGGCCGACAAUGCUAGUGAAAUAUCUAGCUUUUCCGAUUCCAGUGAUGAAGCAAAAAAAGAAGUUGAGAUAGUGGAGGAAGCAAUUGAGGAGACUGAUAAGCCAGUUUACACCGAGGAAGAUUUGGAAACAUUAAUUGGAUUUAUUCGGAACAUGAUUUUUCUGUUUGAUUACGAUGAAGACGAUUUUAGUGAAGAGGUGGUUGAAGUUAUCAAACUGUGGCUUACCGAUGCAAAUUGCCCUCUUUUAUUUAUAUUUUACGAUGGAGACAUUUUGACGGCAUCGCUAGGAUUCCCAUUGUGCCCUUUCAAUGAUCUCAUGUACUUUAUGAGGGAACCUGAUCAAUUGUUUAAUGUUAUUCGUUUUCACGACGAUAUUAUGUUCGGAACAUUGCAGAGCGAUAUCGAAGGAUCGUUGUUAGUCAUUUUGGAGCAAGUCUAUGGACCACUGAUCUUAUCUACAGAGUUGUCGGAAAACGUUAAAGCAAACGUACUCAGCGGAUACAACACCUUCAUGACUUAUUUAACUGAGUUGCAUUACAAAUUGUCAGGAUUUACACUUUUGUACGUUCCUCGAGAAGGAAAUGAUAUGGACGUUCAGGAAGUUGUUUUGAAUCGCUCGAUGAUCAAACGAUUGGAAUCAGUUGUGAUUGACUGGACCAGUCAAAUUCGUUCUACACUCAGCGAUACUCAACAUUUUGUUCCAGACAAUCUCAUUUGUCCUGCUGAUGAAUACAGUUUUUGGCUUUACCGGCAUGAGGUGCUAUCUGCAAUAAAAACUCAAUUUGAAAACCCAAAUGUAGAGCAUAUUCUACAGGUUCUGAACUUGGCACAGUCAUUGUACACGAAGCCACUUCGAGAAGUUUUGUCGGACCUGAAAAAAGAAAUCGAAGUGGCCGAAUCAAACAUACCGUUUCUAAAGCUUCUCGUUGAUCCAUGUUUUGCUAUACGAACCCUUAACGAUGAAGAAGAUUUGUGCUCUCAGCUUAUUUAUGUGAUGCAUAUCAUCAGAUUCAUAGGAGUUGAUUCGUCCCAUUUGCACCGAGACGAAUGCAUCACCAAACUAUUCCUGUACCUAAGCAAUGAAAUUGUGUCGUGCUGUGUACAAAGUAUUGAUAUUAACAAAAUUUUAAUGGGUUCACCAUGCUAUGGAAUAGAAAUUUGUAAUCUCAAAAUCAACUGCUGUGAAUCAUAUAAAAUUAUCUAUGAAGAAAUGCUGGAGCAUUUUGAAAAAGAUUAUGCGUGGAAUCUAGACUAUGCCACUAUUUUUAACCAGAUAAAUGCAUUUAUUCAGCGUUUGUGUGACAUUUUAGAGAUUUGCGAGGCUAUGCUGAUCUUUGGAAGAUACAGUGGCAGUAGUUCUUACAAAAAUUUCCGUUUUCCGUGUAAUAAUGCUCAGGAGUACGAGCAGAAAUGUGACCAAGUGAUGACAAUAUUCACGAAAGGAAUCGAAAGCAUUCAAUCUUCAGCUAGUGCUAUAUUAGACAUCAACAACAAAUAUUGGUACAAAACGAUUGCAGAGUUUCGAGAUAUGCUGAGAAACUUGGAUGACGUAAUUGAAAAUCUGCUGUCAAAUAUUUUUUUGGUUGCGGAAAACCUAGAAGAAAAAAUUGAUGUCCUUGUGGCGCUUCUCAACUUUUUCAAUCGCGACAGCAUAAAAGAAAGUUACAUGCGUAAAAUUGCAGAAAUUUGGAAAAUAUUCCAUACUGAACUAACGUCAAUUUCAAAGGAGGUCUCUUCAGGAAUUAACAUCCAUCCAACAUUACUACCAACAAAAUCGGGACAAUACACAAUGUUGAAAAUCAAAUUUGAACGGCUUUGCCGGCUCAGAAAUCUUCUGGAAAGAUGCAGAUUUUUUCCCACAUACAAUGAAAGCGAAGAAACCUUGUCCUUGUUUGAAUCAUGUGAAAAGCAAGUUAAAUUAUCCUUGAAAAAGUUCAACGAUUCAUGGACCAAAGCCUUGAGCCCCGAUUUUGGAGCAUGGUUCCAUAGAAAUCUUAUCUGUCGGAGUCAAAUUCGCCCUGGUUUAUUGGAAUGCCACAUCGAGAGGGAAAUGCUGAACAUAUUCAACGAAGCUCACUUUUUUAAAGUCUUGGGAGCAGCCACCCCGAGUAUCAUAGAUUUGGAAAAAAAUGACACCACGAAACAAACAUUUGACAGUGUCAUUCGGGUGGUUUUGUACUUCAAUAGUGUUGUUUCUUCAAUUUCUGAAAAGGAAAGACUAUUUUUCAAACCCAUGAUACAACAAACGGAAAGAAAACUUGAACCGCUCAGAAGCAAGCUAACUUGGGAAGAAGAUUUGAACGAAUACAUUGAUACUUUUGUCAUGAAUGUCAAAGAGUUAUUGGAUAUCAUUCAAAUAUAUAAGCGCGAAAAUUUCAAAAUUUCUCGAUCCAUGGAAACCAUUUACAACCUUGAGUUGUUCAAAUUGAACAAGUCACAAAAUCAGCAGUUGAACGAUAUGUUCAAAAACAUAAGCGAACAGAAAAAACAUUCACUUUCGCAACUCGUUGGCGUUUAUACGGACAUCAGUAAAAAUAUAUUUAUUAUUUAUGACCAUCUUGGAUCGAACCUUCGAAGAAUGGGUGAAAGCUGGAUUCAAUACGUUCGGAAGAUUGAUCAUUUGCUGAAAGCUGCAGUUUACAAUUCGUCCCUAAUAACACUCAAAAACAUAGAAAAGGCAUUAACGGAGUCACAUCAUCCCAUUUUGAGCAUCGAAAUUGUGCUGGACAGAAAAGGUGUUGUAUACCAACCCACUCUCGCACAUGUGGAAGUUAUGCUAAAGCGUUUAACAACAGAAGUUACAACCACCAUUAAAAUUAUUCCUACAUUGUGUCAAAAGUUUCAAAUAGAUGCCGGAGAAAAUAUUUACGACGCCUUUUUGAACGAUGAGCAAUAUGUUAAUGAAGAACGUAAAAUAAAGACUGCAAUUAUCACUACUAUUGAAAAUCUUGUGGCAUUUAAGGAAAAAUGGAAUGUAUUUAGACCGUUUUGGAGUGUAAAUCGAACGUCAUUCAUUGAGAAAUUUAAACUUGCGAGCAUGACAUCUGACGCUUUCCAAAAAAAUAUAGAAAAAUUUGACGAACUUUUAAAUCAACUAACAACUCAAAACGAGCUUACCACAUGUGAGUGCGUACAUGUUGAUGCACAAAAACUGAAAUACGCCAUCACAAAUCACAUUCAUGAUUGGCAGCUUAAAUAUAUUGAAUAUCUAAAAUGCGUAUCCUAUGGACUGAUAAUCGAUUUUAAUAAUAAACUCAAUCAAAACAUGCAAUCCAUGAGUAUCGUACCAAAGGAAGUUGAAGAAUUGAAAGAAUUAGAGGCAACAUUCAAUAAUUGUUUCGACGACAUACCCUGUAUGAUGCUGACAAUUGAGAACAUUGUAAGAUAUUUCGACGUCCUUGAAAAAUACGUUUCGGAUAUACUGCCCGAAGCCCUAAACUUGAGAAAAAAAAUUCAUGAGAUCUGGAAGCAAUACAUGGCAUACGUGAAUAGGAUUAAAGAAAAGAUUGCUGACUAUCAAACCCAGUUUAAACUCUCAAUAACAAAUGAGGCGGCUUGUUUGAAAGUUAAUGCUCUAGAGAUGCUGAAAAUGCUGGACACAGAAAUGCCUAUCGAUGAUGAUUUAUUACCUGAAGAUGCCUUUUCAAUUAUUGAAUCGCUGACGGAAAAAUUAGAACUACUCAAGACUCAAGAACAAAUUAUCGCAGCCAAAAUGCGUUUAUUAGGAGUUGAAUAUCAUCCAUUAGAUAUUAUUGUGGAAAUUAAUCGAAAAAUUGAAAGCUUGAAAUUAAUAUGGGAAUAUGCCGAUGAAUGGCAGAAAACAAAACAAGAAAUACUCACUCGAUCAUAUGAGAUGGUUUUAGCUGAUUCUUUAAAUGAAGAAGUUUUGCAAAAUCGAUGCAAACUUGAAGCUUUAGUAAACUGCUUACUACCAGACAUGCAUUAUCCCAUUUACAUCAAAACUACAAAUGAUGUUGUAAAUAUCUGCAAAACAAUGGAAAUUAUGAUUGAUAUGAAGCGGUCGUAUUUGCGAGAUCGACAUUGGAAAGAUAUUCAAGAUAUUACAAACUUGCCGUAUGAAGAUCGCCCAAAUUUGUUGACAGGAGACAUGGUACAAUACCAGUUUUUUAAACACGAAAAGGAUUUCAAAAUUCUGUGCAGUGCAGCGCGGAAGGAGUUCGAUAUUGAAACGCAGCUGACAAGAGUAGAACGAAGUGCAACUCAACUCAGGUUCAUAACUAAACAAAGUACUUCAGGUGCACACAAUAUUAUAAACGGCGAUGAUGUGUUUUCAACUGCAAAGACGAAUUUAAUGACAAUCAACAACUUGAUUGUUUCUGAGCACAGAAAACAUUUUCAAGAAAACAUAUAUUAUUGGGAAGAAGCGUUGAACUACAUUGUUGACCUGUUCGAAGUUUUAUCUGUGAUCGCUCAAAAAGCUCAGAUACUGACCGAGAUUUUCAACGUAACGAAAUUUUCCUCGAGUAUGAUUGAAUUCAAUCACGCAUUUAUUGCAUGCAACGCACAAUGGAAUGAUAUGAUGCACACCAUUGUGACAUCAAAUUUAAAAAAUGACAUUUGUCCUCAAGGAACCGAUUUGCUUCAAACCCUUGAUGUUAUACACAACAAAUUUGAAGAUGUAUUCCGCAUGUUGAAUCAAACCAUGGACGACAAACGAAAUUUGUGUGGUAGAUUGUACUUAGUUCCAGACAAUUUACUGAUUAAAAUGAUAGCAUACCCAACAAAUCUAGAAUAUCUACAAAAUGCAUUGGAUUACAUGUUUGAAAAUAUCUCAAACAUUUCUAUAAGAAGACCAGAUGGAUCAGAAAAAAUCAGCCAUUUGGAGGUUACUGGUGUUAACACAGAUGCAAAUGAAACUAUCACGUUCGUUCAGCCCAUUAUAAUUGAUUCCCUUGCAACUCCAGAGCAUGUUAUAUGUUCAAUUGAGCAGUCGGUACAACAAGUACUGAAAAAAGAUCUGCAAAAAAGUCUUUAUCAGCUCAAAGAAACUUUCUUCAAGCGUAUAGAAAGCGGAUGGAUUGUUAACUUUAAUUAUCAAAUAUGUUUAAAAAGCAUUCAGAUAGACAAUACACAUUUGAUAAAAAAUGCCAUUAUGCAGUGUGAACUUCUGAAAAAGAAUAAGCCAAUGAAAAUGCUAAGAAUGCUGCAUAACAGACUGUUGAAUGAUCUAGCUAAGUCAUAUCAAAACAAUAUUGGAAAAACUGGAACAUCGUGUUUUAAACAAAAGCUAAACGCUAUGAUUAUAACGGAAAUGAAUACAAGAGACGUGAUUAGUAAACUAACGGCUACAAACGUUAAAAAUGGAUUAAACAAUUUUGAGUGGCUAUCAUUUAUUCGAUCAUAUUGGAAUAACGAAUCGUUAAAUUGUAUUAUUGCUCAUAUAAAUGGCAGAUUCCACUACGGAUUUGAGAGCAAGUCCUCUGAUGAGCCAUUGUUUAUAACUCCGUAUACAAAUCGAAUGCUAAUGACAAUCUCAAGUGCACUUAAAUACGGGUUUGUACCGUACCUGAUCGGAAAAGACGAAAAAUGUUGUAUCCAAAUUCUAAAGCAGCUUUCUAUAGAAAUGGCAGUUUUGUUCGUGACAUUAAGUUGUGAUCCCCAGUGGAAGCCAGACUGUAUACUUCGGUGUUUGGACGGAAUGUUCAAACUACAAUCCUGGCUAUGUUUCUCAGGAAUCGAAAAAAUCUCUUCACACGUAUUGGCACGAGUGAAUGAAAAACUAGCAGACUCCUCAUCAAUCGAAAAGAAAAACUAUGUUUUGGAUUUAAAAAAGAAUAAAAUUUUGACAACGUUUCAAUUUUUCGCCACAUCUUCCGUGAAAAACAAAGGCAUGGAGCUGGAUCGUACAAUCGUUCGGAACGUUAAUGCCACAGUACCAGAUCAAGAAAUAAUUUUCCAGAACAUUCUCUGGUUGAUUGGUUUUCCUAGACCCCGAAAAACUGCAAACCAAUUAAACGCUUUCAUACUGCAUAUAUCAAUGUACCUUCCAGAUUUAAGCUAUUUGUGGACUCCAGCACGAAUCCAACAUGCCAUAACAAAGAUGAAUGAUAUAACUAAACCUACAACACAGCAGGAGGCUCUUUUCGUGUCAAGUGCUUUGCAGGUUGAAUUUUACCCGUGCCUAUCGAGAGAUAAACAGCUUAUAUUUGAAAAAUGUUUACAAAACAUUUUCAAAAAUCCUGUCAAGCAAGAAUUGUCCGUUUCAGCUGCACAUGAUAAGUUGAAAACUAUGUUUGAUAGCUCAAAGUUGAUGCACUCAGAGCUGCUCGAAUCAAAAGUACGCAACAUAAUUAAAGUUUUGUCAUCGACAAAUCAGUCAUUGAUAGUAUUAGGUGAUCCUUGCUGUGGAAAAUCAACAUUAUUGGAUAAAGCUUUGCAAGCAAUGGCUGCAGAUGGACGUCACUUGAAAAAAUAUUUUAUAAAUCCAGAAACUUUUCAAGAUGAUACCGAUAGCGAAAAGAAUGCAAUCGACGAAAUUAUUGCGACAAUUUUGGCUUCUACAGUGCACACUCGAAAAUGUAUUAUAUUUGACAGUGUUGCUCGCAGUCACUGGAUUGAAAGGGUGGGCUCAAUACAGCAGCAUUUGAAUGGCGAUCUUGAAAAGAUAUGCUCAGAAAAAGUUGAUGUAAAAAUGGUGAUUGAAACAAGCGAUCUCAGUACCAUCACACCAAAAUCUCUUGCCAAUUUCUCCAUUAUACACAUUGAUGCUCACAGCGUCACAUGGAGUCAUAUGUUCCAGCCAUGGAUUGAACGAAACACAAUUAUCCCAUUGGAUAUCAAACCAGAUCUUCAAGAACUUGCUGAUAACCAUUUCGAAGUAUUUUUAAAAUUCAGAAAAAGUUCAACUUUUAUACAAAACACUGAUAUUAACAUUAUCAAAUCUUUUUUUACCUUGUACGAAACGAUAAUGUCUGAUUGGCGAAAAGACGAAUCAACAUUCUCCGCAGUGUACUGGAAAACUGCCUUCAAAAUGCUAUUCUUUUUCUGCUGUGUAUGGUCUAUUGGAGCUAACUUGGAUACAACAGAACGUGGGAAAUUUGAUGUACUGAUGAGAGAAAGCAUUAAUGAUGUAAUGGUUAGUUUCCCAUUAAAAGGAAACAUUUAUCAGUAUUUCAUUGAUGUUUCUGAAAACGCUACUUCUUGGACAUUUUGGAAUGAUAGCAAUUUAGGAAGCAGCAUUGAAGGAUCCUUCAUGAACAGUAUAGAUAAUAUCCCAUACCAAUAUAUCAUAAAAUGUAUGAUUUCAAACGAAAAACCGGUGCUCUUAACCAGUAACGAUGCUGUAGGGAAGAGUGCAAUGUUAAAACACAUACUACUUGAUAUGCAAGUCAAAACUCAAGCAACUUGUGUUACAAGUUUCAACAGCAAUACAAGCUCGAAUCGUUUGAUGAAAAUUCUUCGUUGGAAUACCAUGAAGAUUUCAAAAGAAAUAGUCUAUCCAAAAGACAGAAAGAACUUGAUAUGGUUUCUGGAUGAUCUUCACAACGUUCUUAGUGAUAAGACUGAUAGCACUGAAUUUUUGAGACAUUUCAUUGAGCAUAGAGCAUGGAUUGAUAACAAAUGCCCACAACGUCUGCAGCAAACACAAAUUAUAGCGGCUAUGAGAAACAGUUAUCCCUUGCACACGUUCCCUUCAAGCACAAUACGAUUGUUAAACAAGUUUCAUACAAUCAGUUACAACUCCUGCAGUGACGAAUCAAAUGCAACUAUAUUUAGAAACAAAAUGAUGGCCGCGAUUAAGGCUAUUGCACCAAACAAGUUUAUUGAUGUACUGGUACCUGCAACUAUUGAUUUUGUACGAUCGCUUGCCAUUCAGCUACCAGCAACUCCAAUCAAACCACGCUAUCAGUUUUCGCUGAAAACUGUUGACAGAAUUUUACAUUCGAUGUGCAUUUUUUGUCCCAACAUCUGUCAUUAUGAGAAAAAUCCAUUGCUGAGGCUUUGGAUUCAUGAAUGUUUUCGGGAAACAUGGGAUUUACUAAAUAACGUUGAUUACAAGCUGUAUUAUGAAAUCUUCAAUGACACCAUCUCCAAACACUUUGAAGCUACCCUGCACAGCAUUUGUCCGGGCAAUAAAAGUCCACUGUUUUGUGAUGUAUUGAAUCAGGAAGGCAGCUAUGAAGAUGUGAAGGAAACCAAUCAAUUGAUGCAAUUUGCAGAGAAAGCUACCAAUUCGAAUGCAGAUUCAAAGACUAUCGUGUAUCAAGAAGCCGUAGAACACGCAGCAAAACUCCUUCGUAUUAGUCGUAUCAGAAAGGGACAUAUGGUGUUGGUUGGUGAAAUUGGCAGCGGCCGGCAUACGAUAUGUGAUCUAGCUACAAGCAUCCUAAACCACCAAACUGUAUCAAAGAGCAGUCAAACAGCUAUGGACCAAAGAGAAACUAUUUACCACCAGCUUAGAUUUACGAAUGAUGAUUCUGAAGAUGUAGUAGACAAAAAGGUCGGACAUCUUUUUGAUUUGGCAGCAACGAAUCGUGUGAUAUGCCUUGUUUUAGCUGAUGAUACUGCGAAUUUAAACCAUUAUUUCUUAGAAUUUCUUAAUGGUUUCGUAGUAAAUGAUUCCAUAUCAGGCUUCUUAUCACAAAAAGUGUUUGAAGAUGUAAACGUGCUGCCAGCGAUAAAAAAUAACUUACACUUUGUAUUAUGUCUACCCAUGAACACAAAACCGUACAGAUAUCUUUUGAACACAUACACGUCACUUUUGACCAGUACAACAACAAACUGUAUCCAUUCUCUAACAGAAAUGAGUUUAAUGGAAGUAGCAAAACUAUUUUUCAAAAUGCACAUAAUUUUUGAUGUACCUGUUUCAUGUCAAGAAAAAUUGAAAGUUGAUGCUGAGCCCACGCACCGAAAACGUGACAGUUUAAUUCAAAGUACUGAAGAUCGCUUCUAUAACGCCUCGGUGGAUGCCGCGGCAAGGUUACAUACUACUUUGCAGCAUCAGGAGAAACUGGAAACCUUGACGAGUUGGUUUUUUGAGUUUUUGCUUACUUUCCGAAGAGUUUUGUUGUACAAACGUAAUAUUUUGCGUGCUUCACACGGAAAAUUUACCAAAGGUGUAAACAAAAUAAUGGAAGCAACGCAAAAUGUUACACUACUUCAAGACUUGUUAGAAAAGCAACAGUAUCAAAUAGAAACCUUUCAACACGAGUUGGAGACAUUCAUCGAAAAUAUCGAAACUCAAACAAUCGAAGCCGAUGAACAAAAACAAGAGGUUGCCAUACAACGUGUAAAAAUUGGCGCAGAGGAAGUUGUUUGCAAGCAACUGGCAGACAUUGCCGAAGCAGAUUUGGCAAAAGCCAUGCCUGCGUUGAAUUCUGCAAUAGCCGCGCUUGAUUCAUUGAAUAAAAAAGAUAUGAAUGAAAUAAAAUCAUAUGCCAGACCCCCGGUGAAGGUUGAGCUUGUGUUGAAUGCGGUUAUGAUUUUAUUGGGCAAAGAACCCUCAUGGGCAGAAUCCAAACGACAACUAGGAGAGCAGAAGUUUUUGGAUACUUUGCGAAGCUUCGAUAAAAACAAUAUUGCCGAAAAAACACUCAAAACGAUCGGAGGCUAUGUAAGAAAUCCCGAACUGGAACCUAAUAAAGUUGGAAUUGUUUCGAAAGCAGCUAAAUCUCUAAUUCUUUGGGUUCGAGCAAUUGAAAAUUACGGCAAGGUUUAUAAAUAUGUUGGCCCAAAAAUUAAAAAGAUGGAAGAUGCAAAUGCGUCUCUUCUUGAGAAACAAUUGUCACUGAAGGCGGCAGAGCAAAAGUUGGAAGAACUAGCUAAAGUAUUAGAAGAACUCCGAAAGGAAUAUGAACACAAAAUCAAACGUAAACAAGAAUUGGAAGAACAGGCCAGACAAAUGGCUAUCAAAUUACAACGUGCCAAAUCGUUGGUGUCGGGAUUGAGCAGUGAAAAAGUUAGAUGGACAAAAAUAAAAGAACAAUUAGAAAAAGAACAUCACAAUCUCAUUGGAGAUACAUUCCAUGCCGCAGGAUCGCUAGUAUAUUUUGGAUCAUUACCACCUAUGCAGAGAGACAACAUUAAAACACAAUGGAUGAUCGAUUUGGAGGCAUUAGAAAUUCCAUUCAACAAAACUUUUAAUUUAUUUGAGUUUUUCUUUGAACCCAAUGAUUUGCAAACGUGGCAAAAUCACGGAAUGCCAAUGGACCCUCUCUCUCUUGAAAAUGCAACAAUUUUACUGCAAACCCAAUUCAGAGUACCGUUAGUUAUUGACCCGCAAGGUGAAAUCAAACAAUGGAUCUUGGGAAUACACAGCUCCACCAAUUUGUUUAUGUAUGACAUCAACGAUGAAAUGACAAUUCAUCAAGGAGGUAUUGCGGCACAAUCAAGGCAUUCAAUAGUUUUUUACAACUUUCAAGAAAAGAACAUGCCGAUUUUCGUCAAAUCAUUGCAUAACUUGCUCGGAAUAGAGCACGACAAAAACGACAUCAAAAAUCAAAAACGGUGCAUUACAAAAGCAUUUGAAAAAUUUUCAUUUUAUUUGAUGAGUAAUGAAAACUUGACAUACAGUACAUUAUUAAAAAAAGAAACAAAUAUGAUCAAUUUUGUUUUGGGGCUACCAGGACUUGAGUCUAAACUACUCACAAUUGUCGUUCAGCAUGAAAACCCAAGUCUUGAAGAGCGGAAAGAAAUAUUAAUGCAAACUAUAAUUGACAACAACAAGACCCUUUUUGAUCUGGAAGAAAAUAUUCUACGAUUGUUGAAUGAAAGCCAAAUGCCACUUUUGGAGAAUGAAGAGCUUUAUUCAAGUCUCCAAGUUUCCAAACAAACCACCGAUAGAGUAAAUAUUGCACUCGACCAGGACGAACGAACUCGCCAAGAAAUAGAAAGCUCCAGAGAAAAUUAUAGAUCUUGCGCGGGACGAUCAUGUUUGCUGUUUUUUGUAAUUGAUAGUUUGAAACAAAUUAACCCAUUGUACGCCUUUUCAUUACACUGGUAUUUUGCACUGUUUGAAAAUUCUUUGCAAAAAUGUCCAAGAUCACAAGUAAUUGAAGAGCGAAACAAAAAAAUCAUUGACUAUCAUACAUAUAAUGUGUUUAGGAAUGUUUGCUUUGGGUUAAAACCACUAGAUCGAAACAUAUUUGGGUUCAUGCUUUGCGUUCGCUUACUCUUCGCAGAAGAACGUUUGAGCCUGAAUGAGUAUAACUUUUUGCUGCACGGUCCUAGAAAGAUUGAUCGAACUGAGCAGAUUGAAAAUCCUAGCCAAACUUGGAUCAGCGCUGAACAAUGGGACAAUAUAACUGAGUUAGAUAAACUGCCCGGAUUUCUAGGAAUUGCACAAUCAUUUGAAGAAUGUAACGAUGAUUGGAAAUAUUGGUACAAGUCUCCUUGUCCAGAAACAGAAAAAAUGCCAGUGAAUUGGGAAAGGAACCUAACAAAAUUCCAAAAAAAUAUCGUGGUACGUUGCUUGCGACUCGAUCGAUUUGAACCAUGUAUGACGGAAUAUAUUGAUAAAAAUCUUGGCAGAAAGUAUACCUACACUAACCGCUUCAAUUUAUCUGAUGUGCUGAGUGAGAGCACUCCGCAAACGCCAAUAUUGCUCGUAACAGACUUGAAUAGCAAUCCAUGGUCAGAAGUCCAAUUUCUUGCCAAGAGUGAUAUCAAAUUUCUAAACAUGAAUAGCGAUACAUUACAAGAUUUGGUGCAUUGUCUGAAAGAUUGCGUUGCUGAAGAAAAAUGGCUCUACAUUAGCAAUCCUCUCAAAUCAAAGUCGUUUGUUGUGAAAUUUCCAACUGUUUUGAAAUAUAUCAAAUCAAUUGAUUCUAAAUCUGAUUUUCGCCUAUGGGUAAACGUAACAGAAAAUGAACCUGUACCUUUAGUAUUUCUACAAAGUUGUUCAAAGUUUGCUUACCACAAGCCAAUGGGAAUCCAACAAAAUAUGAGCAAGCUAUUCGAAGAAAUUGGAGAGCGUGAGUUUGAGAAAUUGUCUAAGAAUGCCUAUCACACACAACAUAAGAAACUGUUAUUUUCUCUAUCGUUUCUUCAUGCUCUGCUGAAUGGAAGAAGCAAGUUUGAAACACUUGGGUGGUUACAAAAUUACACCUUUGAACUAUCUGAUUUUUAUCUGGCAAGAAAACUUUUGACCUACAGCAUUAAAGGUUUAACGUCGGCAAAUGCAAAGCAUAGCAACGCCUUAUUAGAAAACAUUUCGGAGAUUAUACCUAGGCAGUUUAUUGAAAAAGUGUGCUUGGAAAUCUGCUACAAGAGUCAAAUAACUUACUACUGGGACCAACGUAUCUUUGAUUCAUAUUACAAUGAAAUUUUUUACAAACAAUUUAUUAACGUUUCCCAAAGCACAUUAGUUUCGUAUGACAGUCGUUUUUCGAUUCCUCGUGACGGUAAUUUUCAAGCAUAUAAAAAUUUUAUUUUAAAACAAAUUCCGAUGGCCGAUGGAAUCAACGUGUAUGGUCUGAACGAAAAUGCAAAUAUUCAACAUCUGAAAUCGCAGUCAUCCUAUAUACUUGAAAUGCUGCGCAAGGUACCGCUUGAUCCACAGGCUAUUUCAUCAUUUCAAAUUAAACCUUAUGUUAGCAUGGAUUUUGAAAACGUGAAGCAAACAAUCCAAGAGCUGCUAACAAAACUUCCUGUUUACCUAGACUAUGAUAAUGCAGUAAGAAUUGUAGGUGCAAACAGAACCCCUGUAAGUGAUGCUUUGCUGCUCGAGAUACAUUCAUACAAUCAAAUCGUGAGGCUUGUUAGAAAAAAUCUUGAGCAAACAUUUGCCAUAUUAUUAGGAGAGCGUUGUUUGAAUGAAGAAUACGAAGACUUUUUAGAGCAUUUCAGACAAAACCGAGUGCCACAUGCUUGGCUACGAUACCCAACAAACAAAUGCAUCUCCGAUUGGAUAUACGAUCUCAGAUGCAGAGUCGAAUUCUUCCGAAUGUGGUCUGAAACUGGUCAACUCUCAACGAACAUUGUUCUUGGAUAUUUUAUAAGGCCAGUCAUGUUUCUAGAUAGCGUAUUGCAGCUCUUCGCCAGCGCCAAUGAUAUUUCAGUCACGGAUGCUGAAUGGAAAGUUACUGUAUUUACCACAAUGAAACCUAUUGUUAAGUUUGCUAUCGCAGAUGGAUUUAUUGCUCGAGAAAUUUACCUGCAAAAUGGAGGUUGGGACCUAGAAAAACAAUGUUUGAAAGAGCCUAAUAUUUUACAAAUGUGUUCUCCGAUGCCACCCACACAUUUUAAGCCUGUCGUCAAGAAAGACGAUGUAAACGAACGAGAUUUUGCAUGUCCCUGCUUUUAUGGCCCCAGCCGUAGUGAAGAAUCAUUUAUUUGUACGCUAUACCUUAAAACGGGAGACUUCCCGAAAGAAAAAUGGGCGAACUAUAAUACCGCAUUGACACUUACAAAUUGAAUGGAUCUGAUAAAUAUAUAUUUCUGGAAUUCAAUUGUACAAAAAAUAUGUUUCUAUUAAGAUUUCGUAAUGAUAAACACUAAUCAUGAGCAUAAUAAAAUCAGAUAAAUUCACUUUUUGCCAAUAUUAAACGACUUAUAGAGAAAAUAACCAACUGACAUAAACGUAUUUAUUUGCCAACUACAUACCACAAUCAUAAUACUAUUGUAC